AUAGUUUGUGCUUUAGAGGAAAUAUCAUGACAGGUUUUCAAGACAAAAGCACACGUGCACACUUCGCACAAUAGAUCAACAAUGAAGAUUUCUAGAUCCCUGCUGCUUGCUCAUCUACUGUGUGUAUGAUUCCAGACUGACAUUGUGCGCACGCAUUUCGGGGGUCGCGGCCCGCAGGUUCAGCGUUUUGUUGUGCAAACAGCAGAGCUCGCUGGGCUGUUUUUGAAGAGCAACAGAGAAAGACUGAAGAAACAGCAUACUGGUAGUGGCGGAUCCAAGCUACAAUCUCCAGCGAACCACUCAGCCGAGGGGAGCCGUGUUCAGGUCCAGCGACCAGCAGCUCUGAGACAGACGGACUAUGGCUAACAUCGCGGUCCAAAGGAUCAAACGGGAGUUCAAAGAAGUUCUCAAAAGCGAAGAGACGAGUAGAAAUCAAAUUAAAGUAGACUUGGUCGAUGAGAAUUUCACAGAGCUAAGAGGAGAGAUAGCUGGACCCCCUGACACCCCAUAUGAAGGUGGCAGGUUUCAGCUUGAAAUCAAAAUCCCAGAAACAUAUCCUUUUAACCCCCCAAAGGUGCGGUUUAUCACCAAAAUCUGGCAUCCCAACAUCAGUUCAGUAACAGGAGCCAUCUGCCUGGACAUUCUGAAGGACCAGUGGGCGGCUGCUAUGACCCUGCGUACUGUCCUGCUCUCUCUGCAAGCUCUCCUGGCCGCAGCAGAGCCAGACGAUCCCCAGGAUGCCGUUGUGGCCAACCAGUACAAGCAGAACCCAGAGAUGUUCAAGCAGACGGCUCGUCUGUGGUCUCACGUGUACGCCAGUGCCCCCGUCUCCAGCCCAGACUACACACGCAAGAUAGACAAGCUCUGUGCCAUGGGCUUCGAUAAGAACGCAGUAAUAGCAGCUUUGUCUUCCAAAUCCUGGGACGUGGAAACAGCAACAGAACUGCUGCUUAGCAACUGAGAUCCCCUCCUCCCCCCCAUAAACCUGCCCCCCUCCCCCCAUCAACAUGCCCCCUCCUGAAUAUGCCUUCAAUCAGAUCCGACCCAUUCACCCUUUAAACUGAGCCUUUGCUGUGGGCGUGUAGGUGUCCCCCCCCCCUGCGUGCGGGACUGCUGGGGCUCCUGUGGUGUUCAGGAGUUCCUCGUUCUAAAGUAACUGGUUUAGUCCUGUAGCUGGGUAGAACCCAUCGAACACACAACCUAGGAUCAAGUUAUCUGUAAAUAGACAUAUUAAAGUCUGUGUACAUUUGAAAGUAAAUAUACUUAACUGUUCCUUACAUGAUAUUAUAACCCAAAUUAAGUUUAUUUUAGAAUUGAAAGAUGCUCUACAACUGUA